AUAUAUUUGAGUGCAUGUGAAGAACAAGAUGAAGCAGAUUUGCCAGAUUGGAUUAUCUCAAUGUUGAGUUCCAUGAAUCAAAGAAUUGAAAUAAAAUUACCUAGACCUGAUUGGAAACCAGUUAACUUGAUUGAAUUUAUAAAUAAUUCAACUGAGGUAUUGGUUAACCCAACUAAGGACGAUAAUUCAUUUUCAACUCAUCUACUUAGCAAUUUCACCUUGGACGUCCAGAAUAUAGUUCCUAUCCCAUUCAAUGUUCCUGGGUUUAGAUCAGAGUUUACAAUAUAUCAAAAUAAAAGUAAGUUGAUGCAAGGUACAUCUAACAGUCACAAUCAGAUAAGUUUAUCUGAAGAUUGUUGUCAUAUCAGUACCAACACAGAUUCGGAAUUGACUAUUAUUGAUUCAGUUAGUUUGGGUAAAUUGGUUCGUGAUGUCAUAUCACUGAUUGAAUAUGAUCCAGUUUUAUUAGAUGUCAAUCUAUAUGAUUUGGUUAUUGAAACUCCUAUCUUGAAUAUGACUGUGACCAACUUCACAUUAGCAUCAAUCCCACUUUUACCUGGCCCUAACAACUUACUUUUAUUAACAGAGAAUCAAGACAGUGACUUCUUGAACCAGUUAAAUGCCACUGUUUACUCGGUGCUAUAUGUUGGUUCUAGUCCAACGUCAUUAGAGUUAUUAGUUGAUAUGUCCAUAUUUAACCCUACUAAUAUCACGUUUGACUUGCCUAAUGAAGUUUUAGAAUUAGGCGUGAUUUACAACAAUACAAAUCUAGCAUAUGGAACCAUUAAAGAUGUAUUCAUUCCUCAAAAUGAACAAGUUAAUAUGUCAGUUGGAUGUACCAUUAAAUCAGAAACUAAUGAAGAUAAGGCAGUAUUGGAAUAUUUCCUCAGUGAAUUUGUAUCUGGUGGGUAUGAGAAUUCGUCCAUCAAGAUCAACAUUGGAAACAAUCAUGUUUAUAACAAUCCUGGGUUGAACAAAUUAGUUGAACAAAUCAAUAUUACUAAUCUAACCAUUCCCAAUAUUAGCUUGCCACUUCCUGAAGAAAGUGAACAAGUUGCAGUUAAAUCAUGUCCGUUUAUUGUCCAAGCCACCAUCCAUAUCUUCAGUUCCGAGGUUGAAUUAACUGUAUUUAACCCAAUUGUAAAUCAUGAACUUAUAGUGGAAGUUUUUCAAGCUGAAGCCAAAUACAAGGAUGUAGUAUUGGGGUAUUUACAGCAAAGAGAAAGGCUAAUUGUACCUCCAGGUAUUUACAAAACUCCAAAGUUACCAAUCAAGAUCAACUCCAUUGGUAUGGAUGUUUUGAAAAAGGCCAUGAAUGGAGAAUUGGAUGUUGAAGUAUUGGCAAUUUUGAAUGUUCAAUUAGAUGAGUUUGAUGUUAAUUUAUUCUAUAAAGGUAAUGGUUUAAAAUCUAAAAUUGGGUUCUAAUAUUAGCUAUAUUUUUUUUUUUUGCAGCUCCAGGUUUUAUAGUAUGUGUCUGCGAUUCUAGAAUAUCUUGUAACAUGUAAAUUGUUUUCAAAUUAUGUAACAUCCGAUUGUUCUAUUUUUAGAUUGAUC